GCUCGAUCGCCACCACGCUGCGGACCACUGAACGGCAGAGCAGGCGGGCACGCUGCGGCGGACACUGAAGGAUCCGGGCUGGGGUCGGGCUGCUGGGUUCUGGGAGCAAAGCCUCAGGGCGGACAUCUGCGACACGCAAUGGGGAGCGCUGGAAGCAGCCGAGGCGGGCAGCAAGCAAACAGCCUCGUCCACUGGAACGGCCCUGGAGACUCCACAGUCCUGGCGUGCUUGGCAGCUCACCCCAGAGACGGAGUGGGACAGUGGAUUGAUAUGGCGCCGGGACCGGGCAGGCAGGGCGCGGGGUGUCGCUCCAGACUGGCUGGCCGCGGUGGCUGGGAAUGGUGUAGUGUGUGUAGAGGCAGGCGGGCAGAGAGGUCAGGAUUGUGCGGGCUUUAUCCUGCAACGGCUGCCCGCGAGCUAGCGACGGCGUGGGAGCGGCGUGCUGGAGGACGAGGAGCGCAAAGAGGCGGACUGCAAGGCAAUGGAUGGGGAGCACUGGCAAAGGAGGGAUGGGCGACGCUGCAAGACAUCGGCCGGCGAGCGUUGCAGGACGGCAGCGGCGAGGUGGUGCAGUGCCAGCGAUGCUUUUCGUCGUGCCCGUCCAGACGAGAGAGGUGUCGCGGGAUCAAACAGGGCCCAAAGCCUCUUGCGGCGCUGAGGUUUCGCAAGGUGCAAAGGGGGCGGGUAGGGCGACUGUUUCGAAUCGACGGCGCUGCGGCACCAGCCAGCGGCGUCGAGGCGUAUCACACUGGGCAACGAUCGCAUAGAUUGGCAUGGCGCUCUCGUGGUGGUGGCCAUCGCGGUCGUGGUGCUGGGGGGACGGGGUCGCCCAACCAGGAAUCGCUGCGAUCUGCCCACCGUGGACUGGCUCCCGCUCGGCUGCGCGAAUCACGGCCGUGGCCCAAGCCAGCCGGCUUCGGCUACGCUCCUCGGCGUCCGUUUCGGCACAAGCGCCCGAGUGCCCCAGGCCGUGUGGCGUGCGAUGCGCUCAACACCAUGCGUCUCUCGUCGACCCCGGCCGACCAACAUCCUCACACUCGCCCUCAGCCACCGCGUCCCGGGUCUGCGGGCCCUGCAGCAACGGCCGCCAUGCAUCGCGAGAUGCCUCCGAGGCGACAACCGCUCGACGAUGCCCCUGCGCUGCCUGCGGCCGUUCGUCCUCGAUUUCACCGAGCGGCGGGCGAUCUGCCGAGUGCGCUCCCUGCGCUGGCCGCCGCCGGCGCCGUCUGA